CUUUUUUUAUGAAUUAAAUAAUUCCUCGUAGAUACAUGAUAGUACAUGAUCAUCAAUUUUGAUACUGAUAUGUGAUUCCCUCGAGUCUUGGCCUCCUCGGGGCGCAUGAUCGUGUUUUACGUGCGUGGCUGGGGGUUUCUUUCAACCACGAGAGUCAAUUAGCACGAGCACUUCCUUUGUCUGGCCGAAUUGAGAUUGACUUCGUCCUUUCCACCGGACGGUCGAUCUCAUCCUACAUCGUCCGUGCUCUGAAUCUUCCCCUCACUUUGCACCGGGAGAUAAGCAUUCACGAGCUGGUCUUGCACCAGUUGAAACGGAGAAACCGGAUGACGGCGAUGACGUUACGAAGUGGUGUGUCCUGGCCUGCUGCGACUCUACGACUCUGCAACUCUGCGAGGGUGCCAUCCCGUUCCCUCCGAGCCUCAAUGGCUUCGCAUUCGGGGAGAGUUUCAAAAAGAAAGCAGUCUAGGGUCAUUUAGGGUUUGGACGAAUAGUCGACUCGUUCAUCACUUUUCGUCCGAUUGGAAACUCGUCCGAAUCCGAUUACGAAACUGACCGGCCCCAAGGUUCAGGCAUCCAAAAGUAGUUCUAUUAUGUGUGCCUGACGGUUCGGGUGUCCACGUAAUUCUUAUCGCCGCCUCCGAAUGGGUUCGAUGACAGAAGCAACUCAAAAACGGACAAACCGACAACGGUGACCAAACAAACCGAUCCCCCCCCUUCGACCUCCCUCCCAAACAUGGCGCUAGUAGCCUACUCCGAUUCCGAGGCAUCUGACGCCGAGCCAGACACCAUCCCCCCACCCUCCGUCGAGAAAUCUAAGAAACCCGAUGUGGGCACUGGCUUUCAGGUCGACCGCGGCAAUCCGCGCAAGAUUCGCGUGGCUUUACCGGAGCUGAAACCCGAGGGUCCUACCGACGGAGACGGUGAUGAGGGCCCCGCGCGCAAAAAGGCCCGGUUGGGAGGAGGUGCCGGAGGUGCAUUCUCGGGCUUCAACUCGUUCCUGCCCGCGCCCAAGCGGGUGGCCGAGAAGAAAGCACCGAUAGCGUCCACGCGCAAGAUAUUCAGUUUGAAGACGGGUGCCGAGCCUGGGUUUGACCGCUCGGCAGAUGCGGAGAUGAGGAAUAGUCGGGCAUUUGAGAAUGAGGCUGGUGCGGGCGAUAUGAUCAAUCCUGGCGCUGGCAGCUCGGAGCAAUCCACGACUACCUCAGAUUUGCCCGUGACGAAGACGGAGGCUGGAGAAGUCAAGCUGCAAGGCAACCCCAUGAUGUUCCGGCCACUGUCUGUGGCACGAAAUCAGAAGAAAAAAAAGAUAACUACCAAGGUCCCGCCUCAGCCUACAUCCUCGGUACCAGCUCCUGCGGCAGCAACGCCGGGGGAGGCCUUAGCAGAACGAUCGACAGUAUCAGCUUCUGCCCCGGCGCUACCAAAACCCAAAGUCAGCCUCUUCUCGCUAUCGUCCGAGGACACGGCUGCAACAGAGACGGCUGCGGCGACCCCAGGAACCUACGAGCCCUUGGUCUACACCACCGAGACCGAGACGGCGUCCGCGGACCCAGCGCUGGUGCCAGACUCAAUGCCUACCAACGCAGCAUACUAUCCAACCAAUGCCUCCGUAUCAUCCUCCUUAGACACUAUCGCCAACGACCUCAACUUAUCCAAGUCCGAACGCCGGCAACUCUUCGGCCGCAAUGCCCCCUCGGUCGACUCCCGAAUUCUCACCUUCAACACCGAUAAGGAGUAUGCCUCGAACCAAGCAAUUAGUGAGGCCGAAUUGGCUGCUACACAGCAUAAUCCCGUUCGUGCCAUUGCCCCCGGAAAGCAUACCUUGCAGCAGCUGGUCAAUGCGGCGAGCAGUCAGAAGGAUGCCCUGGAGGAGAGCUUUGCCACUGGAAGGAGGAACAAGAAAGAAGCAGGUUCCAAGUAUGGAUGGUAGUGGUAGAUUUAGCACACUACAGCCCGCAUUUUUCUCUGCUUUUUUUUUUUUUUUUUUUUU